ACCGUGUACCGGCACCGGCACCGUUUAAAUACUUGCUGAUUCAAAGUCUUGUAGAGUGUCUUCUGCAUCUACCGAAAUGGCCAGUCGUCUCGGUACUGAAACCCCCGAUCCAGAAAACAUACGGAUCAUCACGGCGCUAGGCCAUGUCGAUCAUGGGAAGACCACACUAAUGGAUGUGCUACUUGCCGCGAACAAUAUAAUCUCUCCUAGGAUGGCGGGGAAACUGCGAUACUUAGACAGCCGUGAGGACGAGAUCGAGCGAGGAAUCACGAUGGAGAGCAGUGCCGUGUCAUUGAAGUUUCAAGUUAUGGAGCGUAAUGCUGAUGGAAAUCCGCAAAAGACUUAUAUCAUAAACAUGAUUGAUACACCAGGACACGUAGAUUUUUCUACCGAAGUCUCUACCGCGUCCCGCCUUUGCGACGGGGCGUUGAUUCUUGUAGACGUAGUAGAAGGCGUCUGUACUCAGACUGUUUCCGUCCUCCAGCAGGCAUGGCGAGACAACCUUCGUCCAAUCCUUGUCAUCAACAAGUUUGACAGGUUGAUUGUUGAGCUUAAGCUAUCCCCUGUGGAAGCAUACCACCACCUUUCACGCCUCAUAGAACAAGUAAAUGCAGUGAUGGGUGGAUUUUUUGCUAGCGAUCGUAUGGAAGAUGACCUGCGAUGGAGAGAAGAGCGGGAAAAGCGAUUGGCUGCCAAGAAGGACCAGUAUGCUGACGAAGGCGAGGCUGCAGCUAAUGAUGCUGACACUUUCAAAGAGAAAGACGAUGAAGAUAUAUAUUUUGCUCCAGAACGUGGAAAUGUCGUUUUUGCCUCAGCGAUAGAUGGUUGGGGUUUUCGCGUCGGCAAGUUCGCACAGUUGUAUUCCGCUAAACUUGGAUUCAAGGAGGCUAAUUUGCGACGCGUCUUGUGGGGAGACUUUUAUUUGGACUCUAAGACUAAACGAGUUAUCAGCUACAAGCACCUGAAGGGACGUGCUUUGAAACCUCUUUUCGUGCAGUUCGUCUUGGAAAACAUUUGGGCUGUGUACGAUGCGGUAGUUUUGAACCCGAACCCGGAAAAAGUCACGAAGAUCGUAUCCACUCUCAACCUCAAGGUGUCGCCUCGUGACCUUAAAUCUAAAGACAGUCGUCAGCUCGUUUCCCUCCUCUGCAACCAGUGGCUUCCGCUGUCCACCUGUGUCAUUCAGGCAGUCAUCGACAUUGUUCCUUCCCCUCCGGCUGCACAGGCCUUCCGUCUUCCCAGAAUGUUGUAUCCAGAUAAUUAUGAACAAAGGAUUGCACCGAAGAACAAGUUGGAGCAAGACCUUUUCACGUCUAACUCAGACCCCGAUGCUAAUGUGGUUGCAUAUGUCAGCAAGAUGAUAGCGGUGCCACGCAAGGAGUUGCCGGAGAAUAAGACCAGACCAUUGACCGCAGACGAAAUGCGUAGCAGGGGAAGGGAAAUCAGACGAGAUCAGUCUUCGGGAGGCGAUACCAACGCUCCAAUCCCGGAACUCCAAGGAACGAUGGAGGCACUAGAGAUAGAGGACAAAGCCGACGACGAGGUUAUACUUGGGUUUGCACGCCUGUACUCUGGAUCAAUCACAACUGGUACAGAAGUAUACUGUGUCUUGCCGAAGUACAAUGCCUCCCUCCCCCCUGAACAUCCUAGCAAUGUUCAUAACUUGGUUAUCGCAGAGGUUGAAGGCCUGUACACUAUGAUGGGAAGGGAAUUACAUCCAGUGGAAACUAUACAAGCGGGACAUACCUUUGCUGUUAGAGGUCUCGCAGGCAAGGUUUGGAGAAGUGCCACGCUCUGCGCCCCGGCUCGUACGGGAAUUCCACAGGACAGUGACGUGAACCAUAAUCAAGCCUGUCUCAUUAACCUGGGGGGUGCCAGCCGGAUGGCUUUACCCAUCGUGCGCGUUGCGUUGGAACCUGUUGUUCCGGCAGAUAUGCCCAAGUUAGUUGCCGCACUUGCACUUCUUGCGCAAGCAGAUCCCUGCGUGGAGACGUUUCAACAACAAACCGGAGAGCAUGUUAUUCUUACGGCUGGAGAGCUGCACUUGGAGAGAUGCCUAAAGGAUUUGCAUGAACGUUUUGCACGGGUAGAGAUACAGGCUUCCAAGCCCAUUGUGCCUUUCCGCGAAACAGCCGUGAAGGCUGCAGAUAUGUUACCCCCCAAAACUCCAAACGCCACUCGGGGAACAAUGAAGGGUGCAAGCACCCAAAAUUUGGUCUCCUUUACGAUACGCUCCGCUCCCUUACCAACCAUAAUACAUCAGUAUAUCUUACAGAAUCUUGCAGUGCUCAGGGCACUUCUGCAGGAACGCCGUGCAGCCGACGGAGAUACCUCGGGGGAGACUGUGAGUCCUGGCGAGGCGGAGCGAACUGGAACGCAGGAUGAUAUCCUUCAUUCCCCAACCGUUCGACCUGAGCAAUUCUGGGAUGUUCUGGAAGACAAGUGUAUGGAAGCAGGGGGGGAAUGGUCGGGUAUCUCGGAGAGGAUAUGGGCGUUCGGUCCCCACGGUGCUGGUGGCUGUAUACUCAUUGAUGCACGCAAAGACGUGGUGCUUACAUCGUUGAGACGUCGCUUACUACGGGAGAGGUCCGUUAAUUCUUACGGAAAAGACGGGCACGAAGGGAAAUAUGACUUUAGUGGGCAUAUUGAGACCGGAUUUCAACUGGCCACGUUUCAAGGGCCGCUUUGUGCAGAACCGAUGGAUGGCCUUGCUUAUUUUGUCGAGAACGUGGAAGUCGAUUCCCGGGCAGUUCAGAAAGAAAUCGUCCAGAAUAGGCUGACUCAAGUGACCGGUUCCGUGAUAUCAGCGGUAAGGGAUGCGUGUCGAAACGGGUUGUUAGACUGGUCUCCGAGGCUCAAGUUGGCAAUGUAUUCCUGUGAUAUUCAGGCAUCAACGGAUGUCCUCGGGAAGGUUUACGGAGUAAUCGCGAAGCGCCGUGGGCGAAUAGUUGGAGAGGAGAUGAAGGAGGGGACGUCGUUUUUCACCGUUUCCGCACUGUUACCGGUUGUUGAGAGCUUCGGGUUUGCAGAUGAUAUCCGCAAGCGUACGUCUGGCGCUGCGAGUCCCCAGCUCAUUUUCAGCGGGUACGAGUUACUCGAUCAGGACCCAUUUUGGGUGCCGACAACGGAGGAGGAGUUGGAGGAUCUUGGUGAAAAGGCGGACCGGUCUAAUUUGGCCAAAGAGUAUAUGGAUGCUGUGCGGGAGAGGAAGGGAUUGUUUGUCGAUCGCAAACUCGUGCAGUUUGCUGAGAAACAGAGAACACUGAAGCGGUAGUGUGAAAGGUACCUCAUCACAGGCUGAAAAACAUGAGUGAUUGAGAACGCGACAAAUAUUUCUGCCUUUGUGCUUCUCCUUCCAGGCAUUUGUUUUUUUUUCUAGAUGCCAAUAUUCAGAAAGAGACAGAACCUCGAAUUAAUUAGUUGUUGCACUCAGACGCUAUUAAUAGUAGUGGGAUAAGCUGACUAAGCUACUGAUAGCGCUC